GCUACCCAGCCAAAAGUUAUAAAAUGAAGUAAUUGGUCUAUUUAAGGACACCGGCAGGAAGUGAUUAAUCGUGUUGAUUAAAUAGGACAAUUGUCUAAAGACUAACUGACAGCCAGUCAAUCAUAGAUGAAGCCAGUCAGUCAGAAAGUCAAAUUAUCUGUGCGAUGGUCAGUUUGCUGUAAUGCUUCAUCCAGUCCACCUGCCAAACAUCCAACUCCAGCCAGUGAACCAAUGACGCUUGAUCUUGUUUUAAAUGCAGCUCAGGGGAAAAAACACAUUAGUGGCUGCAUAAUCCAGGAAAUUGAAGGAUUUAAUUGAUUUUGAUUGCCUGUUGUUUACAGUUGGGGGAAAACAGGGCUUUCAAGGGCAAAUACUACAACUAGAAAUAAAGUUGCCGCAAUAAAAAGGGCAAAGCUUGUGUUUGCUGCUCGCCUGCCUCAAUGUGAGAGAGGAGGGCAGGACUGGCAGGGUGCGGUCUCAAGUGGCAGCAGAUCGUUUUGGAUCACUCAAAUCCCUUCAAUUCUACUGGAAAGCUGCAGCUCGUUGCACGCCGGCUGCAUGUGCAGAGAAGGAGCCUUCGAUCCCGGGAGAAGGGCACCGGAGCAAAACAGCGGCAGGACGUGACCGAGGGUUCCCAGGGCAAAAGAACGAGAGGGAGAGAAACCACAACACUGCAACUUGGAUAUCAGCAACAAGCUCUCCCUCCCUCUGUGACUCUCUCACCCACCACAUCGACUUUGAACCUGUUUGUUUAAAUACACGGACUUUACAGCCUGCACAAUUGCUGUUGAUUCUGCAAGGCGGAGGGGAGGAAGGUUUCUCAAUUUUGGGUCCUUUUUUUUUUUUUUUUUUGGUCUUCUGCUAAAAACUUUUCGGGGUCCUCAUGGUGCCCGGAGCUGCCGCGCCGAGUUCCUUUUUAUCCGACGUGAUAUCGUGACUGUCACGGGACGAUGGAGUCGGGGACCGAGCCGGAGAGGAACUGAAGACACCUCUGCUCCCUCCCGCCCCAGCCAACCAACCCCCCCGGGGCGAUGCGGAUCCCCUUCCACCUCCUCACCGCCUCUCUGUGUGCCACGGUCCUCCUCCUCCUCCUCCUCCUCGCACCUGCCUCGGAGGGCUGCGGGCCGGGGAGGGGGUACGGCAAGAGGCGGCCCCCGAAGAAGCUCAUCCCGCUGGCUUACAAACAAUUUAGCCCCAACGUCGCCGAGAAGACCCUCGGAGCCAGCGGGAGACCCGAGGGCAAAAUAACGCGCAACUCGGAGCGCUUCAAAGAGCUGACACCCAAUUACAACACGGAUAUCAUCUUCAAAGAUGAGGAGGACACGGGCGCCGACAGGCUCAUGACCCAGCGUUGUAAAGACAAGUUAAACUCUCUGGCCAUCUCAGUGAUGAACAUGUGGCCCGGUGUGAAGCUGAGAGUGACCGAGGGCUGGGAUGAGGACGGUCAUCAUUCAGAAGACUCGCUGCACUACGAAGGACGUGCUGUUGACAUCACCACCUCUGACAGGGACAGAAAUAAGUACGCCAUGCUGGCCCGGCUGGCCGUAGAAGCUGGAUUCGACUGGGUCUACUAUCAGUCCAAAGCCCACAUCCAUUGCAGCGUCAAGUCAGAACAUUCCGUGGCAGCCAAAACCGGUGGUUGCUUCCCAGGCGAUGCCCAGGUCACCCUCAGCGGCGGCGUCACCAAGCGGAUGCAGGACCUUCGCCCCGGCGACCACGUCUUGGCCUCUUCAACGACAGAUGGUCACGGCCCUCUUAUCUACAGCCCGGUCUCAUCUUUUCUGGACUACCAGCCCAACGUCACCAAGACCUUCUGCCGCAUUGGCACCGACACGGGACUUAUUAUCACUGUCACGGCCGCUCACCUGAUCUUUGUCACGGACUGCACUGGUGGGCUGACUGAGCCGACGACCAGAGGGACCAGAGAAGAUACGCCUUUGGGCGCCAAAAGCCGUGAAGCGGGUGUGAGGACAGUUUUCGCCAGUGAGGUGCGGCCGGGGCAGUGUGUGCUCACAUCACAUGGCAAAGCGGGGUCACGGGCAUCACUUUCAGUUGUGACCUUUGUGGAAGAACAAGGCGGCACUGGGUUGUACGCCCCACUAACUCAACACGGGUCCAUAGUGGUGAACGGCGUGCUGGCCUCCUGCUACGCCGCUGUGGACAAUCACCAUUUGGCCCACUGGGUCCUGACGCCGCUCAGGUUCUUCUACAGCCUGAUGGGACGUUCAGAACCGCAGAGCCACGGCCUGCACUGGUACCCUCGUCUUCUACAAAGGCUGGGAAAAACACUGUUGGGCGCUGGACACUUCCACCCCUGGGGGACCGAGCAAGGACACAGAUAGGAACCACGGAGGCACGUUUCACACUGAUGACUUGAUUCGCUUACCUGUAUUAGGAGCACCUGUGAGCACAGAGGGACAACCAAAGACAAUUGAUUCUGUAGUGGAAAUGAGUUUUCCCCAUAAUUGCCGGUAUUUUUGUACUUCAUUGAAUGCCUUUUUGUAGUUUGUGCGACAAAUAGAAGGGACUGGGAAGAUUAGUCUGACGAUGUUUGUUUAAUUCAUUCCAGAAUAUUUGGGGGACUGGAAAGGGAAUCAAACACAGCUCUACUAGAAUAGAAAUAUAGACCUACAGUAAGUAUCUCACACGCUUAAUUAAAGAGGUUAAUAUCCAUGGCAAUAUAUUUAUGUGAUUGAAACAAAAAUAGCUUUAAUACAACGUAGUGAAACGUGACUUCACAAUAGGGUUUACUGAUACUGUUGCAGGAAACUUAAACAUGUGAGGACACCUUUUGUAACACAUUUUGGGAGCAUUAGUCUUCAGAGAAAAGAUUAAGGUGAACAAAUGAAGGAAACACAUUUGGAGGAAAGAAAAAAGGAGAUCACAUGAAGAAAACUGGUGACUGAACAGGAUGUGAUGUAAAGCUCCAUGUUCCAGUAUUUAUACAGUCAUGGAAUCACAUGUAAAGGCAUCAAUGCAGUAAAUCCAUUGAUCUCUUAUUUGCAUAGAGCCUGUUUUCUAGAAUGAAUUUACUGAAAAAUAUGAAUUAAUAUGAUACAUAGGUAUGGCGUUCUGUAAAAUGAAAUGCAAUGUUGUGACAAUAUGACUUCACAUCUGGAGCUUUGUUGGAUAACUAUUGAAAAGCAGGGAGGGAGGAUGGACACUGUGUGUAUACUAAAGUAUUGAUAUGAAAUAGGUGCAUGGGAGUAUAAAGGCCACCCGUCAAUGUGGUUCACAUGCGUUCAGUCACUGAUAUACGGUUCCUUUAUACAUCCAUAUGUUUUUUUAUCCGCAAUUCUUUUUAAAAGCUGUUUGUUUUGUGACAUGUUUUUCUUUGUUUCAGGUUUUCAAUUUUCAGGUCAGUAGUAUCUAGAAAAGGUAUACACAACACUCAGGCUGUACUCAACUACUGUAUUAAGCAACAGCUAUGCAUCAUAUUAAAUAACUAUUUAAUCUGAAAUAGUAAGUUACUUGAUAGCUCUCCUUUGUAUGGUAUUUUUUGUAUUCAUUCUUUCACCCAAGACAUAAGACCUAGAUUGGCUGCUGUACAGGAAUUGAAUUAUUCUUAAAUGUCAUGCAGUCAUCAAUUAUUGAGUAUGAGGACUCACACUUUGCUAUCUAGAGACUCCAAGACAUUAUUCUACAUGCCUAUCAAAAUAUGUGUCACAUGUGUAUAUUAAGCUAUUGUUGGCGAGACUAUUUAAAGAUCUAUUUUUAGUAAAUAAUAACUUUUAUUUGUUUUCGGAAUCUCUGAGCAUAGGAUUUGUAUUUGAAACAUAAAGCUGUUUUUUUAAACCACAA